CUACAACACACACUCAUAGUCAGUUGGGGUGAAUCAAGGUCCCUGUGUAAUGGGUAAACACAGUGGUCAGGCUAAGGUCACUCACCCAGCCUGCAGUAGUGUCCACUCUACAUGAAUCACCAUAAAGGCAGAAAAUCCACAGACUGAUGUGUCUUUCGCCCACCUACAUUUUCACGAAGAUCCUGGGCAUGAAGCGCUCCCUCCUGGGGAUCAAUAACCUGCACUCACUGACCACGGCAUAUUUGCCCUCUGGACCCCAGAAAAGUGUGCCAGCACACACCAACGCUUCACACACUCACACUUGUAGAGUCUCUCUGCUCCUCGUCCCACCACUGACAUCUGAGGGUAGUGAACGCAACCGAAGGAUGGUCACGGUUUGGAAAGUGAUGGCAGGUGGAUUGCUCCUCACUCUCAGCCUCACUCUGCUGGGGUGGGGAGCUGAGGGACAGCAGAACAGACGGGAAAAGAAAGAAGUAUCAGGCUCGACUAGCGUCUACCUCGGCCAGGAGAGAGACAUCUGGAGGCCACUGAUCCACACAACAGUCAACCUCAGUGAGAUCAGAAGCAUCAAGUCAUCCUUUCAGUUCCGGACGUUUGACCCAGAAGGUGCAAUUUUCUAUGGAGACACCAAAAACGGGGAGGACUGGUUUGUGUUGUCCCUGAAAGAAGGCAUCCCUCUGAUGCAGAUCAGCAAAGGGGACGUCCUCAUCAGUGUGGCAGGCGGCCCCAAACUCAACGACGGAAAAUGGCACACACUGGAGGUGAGCAACCAAGAUAAGUUUGUGAUUCUAGAUGUGGACGGCUCCAACGGGCUGGCGGUGGGCAUGCAGUCCAAACAGAUGGAUGAGGUCCUUUCAGGCAAACUCCGAUUGGCUGUUGGUGGGAUCCUGAUCAGCAAGGAAAAGAUGAUUGUUCAGUUUGAGCCGCAGAUGGACGGCUGUGUACGCGAAGGCAACUGGCUAAACCUCAGCGUCCCCUGGCAGACAGAGGUGGAGGAGCUCUGGCCCUGCUGUGACAGAGUGAAACCUGGCAGCUACUUCCCUGGCACUGGAUUUGCCAUUUUCAACACCUCAGUUUUCCCCAUCGAGGCGGAUCAUGGGGUCAAGGUUGAAUUCCAGGGGGAUUUCAGUAAGAUGGAUGGGACCAUUUUGAGCAUCAGGGCUCCUGGGCAAGAACUGAUGUUCGAUUUAGUGGCCAGUAAUAACAAAGAGGAGGUCAGUCUCACUUUCGGUAAAGAAAAGCUCAGUAUGAAAUACACCGUCAAGAGACUGGUGAUAACCUUUCAGACAGAUUUACUGCAAGUGCUUCAAGAUGAAGAUGAAUCAAAGACCACAACGUUAUCUAUCAAUCCAACGAGCCACCCUGGUUAUUUGACCACAUGGAGAGAGGGUCGACUUGCCUUUGGAGGUCUCCUAGGUGAGGGUGAGGACAGCGUUGGCUCCAACUUCUUGACAGGCUGUCUGGAGAAGAUUCAGAUCCAAGGGAAGGAUCUGGACCUGGACUUAGGCGUCAAACACAAGUCAAUCUCCUCUCACAGCUGCCCUGUUGAAGCAUGAAAGUAUGCACAUACAAUACAUGGACCAGACAUUUGCAGUGCACACCUUUGGGUCCGAAUGGCAUAAAAAGUACAAUAUGUAAAGUUCAAAAUUGUCUAUAAAAUGAUAGAGACACAUCUAUAGAGCAUAACAAUACCCUAACAUCCUUCUUAUGAGGGUACAGAUAGUCAUUCUGUAGUUGAAUGUGUUAUUUGUACCAAUUAACCUCUAAAAUGUGGAGAAUUUGAAAUAAAAUAUGAGUAUGUUGUGCAAUAAAUAUCCCUCCCCUUAGCACCAUUUGAACAGAAAAUGCUGAUUAAUCUGAGAAAUGUGAGUGAUGUUGUGACCUUGGUACGUGUAACAGUAUGUUUCUAAAUAAAAUAUGAUUCUCCCUAUAA